AUGUCUGUUAAUAAUAAAUAUGAAAGUCCUUUAACAUCUCGAUAUGCUUCACCAGAAAUGGCGGCGCUUUUUUCUCCAGCUAAUCGUUGUUACAUUUGGAGAAAACUUUGGUUGAAAUUAGCUAUAGCUGAAAAAGAGUUGGGCAUACCUGGCAUUACUGAAGAUGCCAUUCAAGAAAUGGAAGAACACUUGACUUUAACCGAAGAAGAUUUUAAAGCAGCAGCAAUAGAAGAGAAAAAACGUCGUCAUGAUGUUAUGGCACAUGUUCAUACAUUUGGUUUAGUUGCACCAAAAGCAGCUGGAGUGAUUCAUUUGGGAGCAACAAGUUGCUAUGUAACAGAUAAUGGAGAUUUGAUUAUUUUACGUAAUGGGUUAGAAUUGUUGAUAAAUAAGUUAGUUGUGGUGAUUGAUCGUUUGAGUAGAUUUGCUGAUACCUAUAAAGGUUUACCAACUUUGGGUUUUACUCAUUUUCAACCAGCUCAAUUAACCACUGUUGGUAAAAGAACUACACUUUGGAUUCAGGAAUUACUUUGGGAUUUAAGGAAUUUUGAACGUGCAAAAAAUGAUAUCGCAUUUCGUGGUGUUAAAGGUACUACAGGAACACAAGCAUCAUUUUUAGCAUUAUUUGAAGGUGACCAUGACAAGGUAGAAGAACUUGAUAGACGAGUUACUGAAUUAUUAGAUUUUAAAGAAACAUAUCCAGUAACAGGACAAACAUAUUCACGUAAAGUUGAUGUGGAUAUUUUGAAUGCAAUUAGUUCAUUUGGGUCAACAGCUCAUAAAAUAGCUACAGAUAUUAGGCUGUUGGCAAAUCUCAAAGAGAUAGAAGAACCAUUUGAGAAGGAUCAAAUAGGUAGUUCUGCUAUGGCAUAUAAAAGAAAUCCUAUGCGAUGUGAAAGGGUUUGUAGUCUGGCUAGACAUCUGAUGACACUUAAUAACAAUGCCUUGAUGACCAAUAGUGUACAAUGGUUAGAAAGAACUUUAGAUGAUAGUGCCAAUCGACGUAUUUCACUUCCUGAGGCAUUUAUUACAACAGACAUAAUUCUAACAUUAUUGCAGAAUAUAUCGGAAGGACUUGUAGUCUAUCCUAAAGUUAUAGAACGUCAUAUAACACAAGAAUUGCCUUUUAUGGCAACAGAGAAUAUUAUAAUGGCAAUGGUGAAAAAAAAGGAGGAUCGUCAGACAUGUCAUGAAGAGAUUAGAGUCUUAAGUCAUCAAGCUGCAAAAAAAGUCAAGGAUGAUGGUGAAGAAAAUGAUUUAAUUGAGAGAAUUAAAAAGACUGAAUAUUUUAAACCAAUUUGGGAUGAGCUUGAAUCAUUGCUGGAUUCGAAAACAUUUAUUGGACGUGCACCACAACAAGUUGAUAAAUUUUUAAAAGAAUAUGUACAGCCAUCUCUUAAACCUUAUUCGGAGAUUUUAACUAAUGCCAAACAAGCAAUUUUAAAUGUUUAA